GACCUGGGCAUGGAGUCAACCUCCUUGGAUGAUGUGCUGUACCGAUACGCCAGCUUCCGGAACUUGGUGGACCCCAUCACACAUGACCUCAUCAUCAGUCUGGCACGUUACAUCCACUGCCCCAAGCCGGAAGGUGAUGCGCUGGGUGCCAUGGAGAAGCUGUGCCGGCAGCUGACCUACCACCUUAGCCCUCAUUCACAGUGGAGGAGGCAUCGAGGGCUGGUGAAGAGAAAGCCACAGGCCUGUCUUAAGGCCCUCCUAGCUGGGAAUCCUCAAGACAACAUGGUGGAUCUGUCAGGCAUCCCACUGACCUCACGUGACCUGGAGAGGGUGACCAGCUAUCUUCAGCGCUGUGGAGAGCAAGUGGACAGUGUGGAGCUGGGCUUCACAGGCCUCACAGAUGACAUGGUCCUGCAGCUACUGCCUGCACUCAGUACCCUGCCUCGCCUCACCACACUAGCCCUCAAUGGCAACCGAUUGACCAGGGCUCUGCUGAGGGACCUCACUGACACCCUGAAGGACCCCAGCAAGUUUCCCAAUGUCACAUGGAUUGACCUGGGCAACAAUGUGGAUAUCUUCUCUUUACCCCAGCCCUUCCUACUCAGCUUGCGUAAGCGCUCUCCAAAACAGGGCCACCUACCAACCAUCCUGGAGCUGGGUGAGGGGCCAAGUACUGGGGAAGAGGCCAGGGAAGGUACAAGCCAGGACCCUGGGGUUACCCCUGUGACACCUACCAGAGACCAUGAGAGCAGGGAGACAUGACCUGGAAGUGGGGAAAACUUGUCAGGAUAGCUAAGGCAGGUUAGGGGCUCCUCCCAGAGAGAACAGGACGAGCAGUAACCUCUUGUCCCCAACUCCCAGUGGCUGGCUCUAAGAAGCUCUAGGGCUUUGGGCAUGUUUCCACCCAGCCUGUUCUCCCAGAAUUGUGCAGGUGGACAAAGCUCUCUGCCACCAAUAGUGAGGCCCAUAACAGGAAAGGGGCAUCUUACUAUAUUCUUAGAGCACCCUCCCAACUCAAAGGGGCCUCUGAGCGCCUAGUAUGAAAAAGAUGAAAUUGAAGCUGCAGACUUCCCUUUCUUGGCUGGGGGUCCUACUGUGAAGGGCAGUACUAUGCCUAGUUCCUUUACCCCUCAACCAAAACAACUUUCUAAUAGUUUCAGGCCCUGUUCCCAGAAUAAAGUCACAAGAAUGGCUUUUCAAGCACUUAAUCCUAUCAGGAGGCUCCAGGACUAGUUCAACCUGAGUUAGGAGAACCUAUUUUUCCAAUAAUGUUCCCCAAGAAAACUAUUUUGAAUUAGAUGGAUCAAGAUGUGGACAAAAACCCAAAUUAAGGGGGGGCAAAGCCUAACUGGCCAGGUAACAUAAUUUGGGUAAAAUAGGAGCCUCCCUUACAUGGUACUGCAUAAAUACAGCCAAGGGACAGGAAUUCAGUGUGGGUGCCUUAAUGCUUUGGAAUCUUUGCCCAAGACUAGGUUGUGAAAACAGCUUAGACUGACCAGAAGUUUACAGUGCUAAAGCUGGACUGUUCAACACCUGAAAAUUUUACUCUUCAAAUACAUGUUUUUAAGGACCAAUACCAAAGAUCCUGCUUUACUAUAUAAUGCUCUGUAACUGCUGUACAUUGUGACCUGUUGAGUUAAUUCAUCCAAUACAGCAGCAACAAAUUUUGUAAACAGGCAUUUAUUAAGAGAUUCUGCUCCUGUGGGGCAGGAUGAUCACCAAAUGUGCCUGACCAGAACAAGGUGGCAGACACAUGCUUGGGAGUACUUUCGUAACAAUGCUCAAAAGGUAGCUUCCAGAGUCCCGAGUUGAUGGUGGCAUUGUUGCUGGAGACUCUUCUGGACAGAGCCUGCAAAGGAACUAAAUUUCAGAAUCACACUUGCUCCAACCAAUGGCAUCCCUAACAUUUAAAGGUAUCUUCAGAAAACCAUAGGCUCACCACUACCAAUCUGCCGGUAAUUCCAGCUAUUUUAGGUGAUAUCAUCAUUUGACAUCCUUUCAAAAUAAUGACAACUAGCUGCUUGAGAUAAUCACUUACCUCCUCCUUUACCACUGCCGCCAAGAUAGACUGCAUUCCGGCAUUGUUCUCACAAUACUUGAGGAUAUGGACACUCCUAAGAUUGUAGGAACAAAGUUAUUUCUAAUGGCAGCCCCACUGAAACCUAGUUUUAAAGCACAAUCUAAUAAAAGCAUCGAAGUGAAAUUGCUUCUGCAAUGCCAAUCCAGCUGGGUUAACUCCAUGGGACCCAAAUGGCAAGAUGAACUGUCCAAACCGCCACAUAAAUGAAAAUUUUAAGACUUAAAGUACUGAAAAAAUGGCUCAGGGUUUGAGAGCACUGGUGGUUGCUCUUCCACGGGACCAGGUUUGAUUCACAGCACUCACUCUCCACGGAAGUUGGACGCCUUGACACUCCACCCUGCUUUAGCCCCCGCACCAACUCCAACCAGUAUUGAGUAGAAACAUUCCAAGUCAGGCUAGACUGGUACAUAUGAAUUACUGCUAUAAGUCAAGAUGAAAGCUUACCUCACGGGAGGCCACGGCUGCUGGGAAUUCUCCACUCCAAAUUUCCUACCUAGAUGAAUAGGACAGUUGUUAUAGUUCAGGCCGAGUUAAUCCUAAACACCAGCAACUGGUGAGGGCUCGACUGCAGUCAGCCAGGAACAGUUAUCGUCAGUUAUCGACUCUGACGGCACUUCCUAUUAGUGAUCUCAUCAUAGCAGUCAAGCAUUCCGUCGUCCCACGCCAACCCCUGCUUUCAGUAAUUAACUGGAGACAUUUUUAUAAGGAAGGUCAUGAGCACGUGAAUGGUGUUGUCGAGACCAGAACACGCCCCGACAACAUGAUAGAAUAACAGGCCUCUUAGCGCCAGGAGAAUGUUACCCCAAGGCUGCUUCUGUAUAAAGCAGGGGCUGUGGCAUUACAGAUAGCGAAAUUACAACUUUAGCCAGAAUUUUACCUCCAGAAAAGUCUUACCUCAUGGCGGGGUAUACAGCUCCUACUCGACGUUCUGCCAAUCCCCCGGCUACAGGAAGGAAGCGAGAAAACCUCACAGAGUCCGCAGAGAGAAAGACUGUGGCCCGUGUGCGCCCCACUCUUAAGGGCCCGGAAUAGACCACUUCUCACACGGAGGAGGGUGAGAAUAGCAAAGACUCAUGGGAACUCCCAGCCCCCAGCCCGCCUCGCUACCCCGGACUCCCCCGUUCUGUUGAGCGAGUGGUCUCCACCGCCGCAGGAAUUCUGGGUAGCGAAGAGCGCAGCGCGUUCCAGUGCGCCUGCGCCAAGGCUUAAUCGCGGUUUUGUGUCCUCUCUGCGUUUCUUUUACCCCGUGGUCUUCGGAGAAUUCGCAGUCCUUGGUAAACUCGUGUGAAGUUUGAAAAAGUCGAGUUAGGUUUGGUAGCGCAGGCCGGAAAUCACAACUGCUUCAGAGUCUGAGGCAGGAAUUGGAGUUCAGCCUGGGCAUAAGAGAGACAGAGAGAAGGGGUGGCCAAAAUAAUGUAGCUGUGUAGUGGAGAGCCUGCGUAAGCAAGCGUUUUGUCCUCAGGACCUGGAGAUAGAGAGUGAGACAUUGGCUCUUCUGAGGCUCUCCUGAGAUAACACACCCGAAACUGCAAGCUGAGACAAUAAACAGUAGCUGCUGCUUAAUGA